AUGGAGGAGAGCAAGAAGAAUGUUCACAAUGUCGAGGACGUUGAGAAGGUCACAACACAGGACGGACAUGAGCGAGUCAUCGCCGUCGAGGACAAGAACGCGCAGUUGGUCGCUAAGGUUGAUCAGUCGCUGAUCGACAUCGCCGCCGAAGCCACUGACUUGGAGCAUAAGCUGAGCGUCAGCGAGGCUCUGAAGAUCUACUGGAAAGGAGUCGUGUACACUAGUAUCAUCACUCUUACCAUCAUCAUGCGCGUGUACGACAUUGUCAUCAUCAACAGUUUCUUCGCCUUGCCUGCCUUUCGCGACAAAUUUGGUCACGACGUCCCAGGCAGUGGCAAGCAAAUCUCAGCCCCAUGGCAAGCUGCCCUGGGCAAUGCCAGCUUGGUUGGACAAGUCAUUGGAGCUUUCACAGUGGCAUAUCCGAUGGAAUAUAUUGGUCGGCGCUGGACCCUGAUCUUCUCCCUGAUCGGGACAGCGGGCUUCACCUUUAUGCAGUUCUUCGCACCCUCUAUCCAGGUCCUAACUGCCUCUGAAUACCUUUCUGGAGUCAUCUGGGGUUUCUACCAGGUUUUGAUCCCCACAUAUUCCUCCGAACUGCUCCCGACAACGCUCAGACCCUACCUCGCCGGCUACAUCAACCUGGCCUACGCCGUAGGGAACCUGAUCCUGAGUGGUAUCACUGAAAGCUUCGAUACCUGGACUACCGACUGGGGAUACAGAAUACCGUUCGCCCUACAGUGGAUAUGGCCAGCUAUUAUCCUACCGUCUCUAUUCUUCACUCCCGAGUCGCCAUGGUGGCUGGUGCGCAAGGGGCGGAUGGAAGAGGCUGAAAAGGCACUGAGACGCUUGAGUAGCGACUCUCCAAAGAUCAACACGCAAAGAACCCUGGCCAUGAUGCAAAAGACGAUCUUAUACGAGAAACAUGUCGAGAAGGACUCUAGCAUUUGGCAGUGCUUCAAAGGUGCUAGUCUUCGACGCACAGAGAUCGUCAUCAUGAUUUUCUUCUGUCAGGACUUUGCUGGAUUUGCCACGAAUACCACCUACUUCUUCGAGCAGCUCAAUGUCACAACCCAACAAGCAUUCGACAUCUCUAUCGGUAACAGCGCCCUAGGCGUCGUCUGCGCUGUUCUUUCCGCGUUCUUGCUUAGAUACUUUGGGCGUCGGAAUGUAUUCGUCAUUGGUAUGGGGCUCAUCGUCAUCUUCGAAUGGUUGGUCGCCAUCCUCGCCUGCGCGCCCAACUAUCACAAUAGACCCGCCGUUUCCGGAGCACAGGUUGCUAUUACCAUGCUUUCCACCAUUGCCCUACAACUGACUAUCGGACCACUGACAUACACCAUUCUAACUGAAGUGCCUUCGGCGAGACUGCGGGCUAAGACUGUGGGCAUUGCCAUUGCCGUUGACGCUUGCUGCGGUAUCGUCACCAGUACAGCAAGCCCAUACCUCAUCAACCCCGGAGAGGCGAAUCUCGCUGGGAAGAGCAAUUUCGUGUGGGGCUCACUCUCUAUCAUUAGCUUCCUGUGGUGUUUCUUCAGGCUACCAGAGACGAAGCACAGGACGGUCGAGGAAAUCGACUACAUGUUCGAACAUCGGCUCAAGACAAGGGAGUUCAAGAACUAUCAAAUUGACGAAGACACUCUGAAGAACGAUUUGGUGGAGUAA